GUGGGAUCCGCGCAUGUAUUCUAGCCCAAACAUUCCAUUCGCAGUUAAAAGAGGAAGAAGAUGUGCGCGUGAUGCGACGCCUCGUGGCGCCUCUCCUCAUGCUUCCUCGCUAGCUGGCCCCAAGGUGCGAGGUGCCACCAUUUCGUUCCAUUUUACCGACGCGUCAGCUGCCUCCGCGAAUAUGCUCAGCGAGCCACCCGCACCGAAGGAGGGCCGUCGGGUCAGGUUUGGCCCCAAUUGGCCAGACGGUGACGACGGGAGGGCAAAACGAGGCCGGUCCCAUCGAAGGAGGAGGCGAAUAAGCGAGCGCCUGAGGCGGCUGAAAAAUCAACUGUUGCAGCUGCAAUUUAGCGCCACCCUGCAAUCUAUCAAGGACCGACUCCGGCAAACACUGGUCGUGCAAGCCCUGCUCUUCAUCUUCGCUUUCGACGGGGAAGGUGCCCUGAUAGCUCUCACUCAAGCAACACAUUCCAAUGGUCUUCGGUCAGCAGACUCGGUGUAUCGAAGUACCAUUAAAGUUCCAAUAAACAACGCUUGUGCGAUGUAUGGCAUGCUCAAAUCGUAG